AUGACGCAGAGGGGCUGCGGGGGGCCCGAAGGGAGGAGGUCAGGUGAAGGUCUGGAGCUGAAUCUGAGUCACACAGAGAUCAAAGGUCAGAGAUUGAGGCCAGGUCAGGGAGAAAAAAUGGCCACACCUAAAGAAUUGCUCUUGGAAACUUUGGAGGAUUUAGGAGCUGAGGACUUUAAAAAGUUCAAGUGGUACCUGCAGCAGAAGAUCCUUGAAGGCUUCAAAACAAUCCGAAGGUGUCGACUGGAGAAUGCUGACAGAAUGGACACAGUGGAUCAGAUGGUCCAGAACUACUGUAUAUACACUAUUAAAGUGGCCAGAAUGGUUUUGGAGAAGAUAGAGCAGAAUGAACUAGUGAAGAAUUUAUCAAGCCCUGCUUUUGAACCUACAGUAGAGGUUACUAAGGUAGUCAAAGAGGACCACAGUGGUAAAAUGCCAGAUGUGGAUGAGGUUUGUCCUGAGAUGUUGAAGGCUCUGGACAUUGUUAUGCUGUCUUGGUCAGAGAUUCUUGCCCAGUGUCAGCAUAAAGUCAAAUCCAAGCUGAAGAAGAAAUUCCAGUAUUUGUUUGAGAAAAUCACAAAAGCCCGAAACACAAAACUUCUAGUGGAGUUCUACACUGAGAUCUACAUCAUCAUGGAAGAAACUGGAGACAUCAACAAGGCACAUGAGAUCAGACAGAUUGAAACAGCAUCCAGGAAACCAGACAGACCAGAAACAACAAUCAGACAAGAAGACAUCUUUAAAGCCUCAACUGGAAGAGAUGAACCAAUCAGAACAGUGAUGACAAAAGGAUUGGCUGGCAUUGGGAAAACAGUCUUAACACAGAAGUUCACUCUGGACUGGGCUGAAGACAAAGCCAACCAGGACAUACACUUCACAUUUCCAUUCACUUUCAGAGAGCUGAAUGUGCUGAAAAACAAAAAGUUCAGCUUGGUGGAACUUGUUCAUCACUUCUUUACUGAAACCAAAGAAGCAGGAAUCUGCAGGUUUGAACAGUUCCAGGUUGUGUUCAUCUUUGACGGUCUGGAUGAGUGUCGACUUCCUCUGGACUUCCACAACACUGAGAUCCUGACUGAUGUUACAGAGUCCACCUCAGUGGAUGUGCUGCUGACAAACCUCAUCAGGGGGAAACUGCUUCCCUCUGCUCGCCUCUGGAUAACCACACGACCUGCAGCAGCCAAUCAGAUCCCUCCUGAGUGUGUUGGCAUAGUGACAGAGGUCAGAGGGUUCACUGACCCACAGAAGGAGGAGUACUUCAGGAAGAGAUUCAGAGAUGAGGAGCAGGCCAGCACCAUCAUCUCCCACAUCAAGACAUCACAAAGCCUCCACAUCAUGUGCCACAUCCCAGUCUUCUGCUGGAUCACUGCUACAGUUCUGGAGGAUGUGUUGAAAAGCAGAGAGGGAGGAGAGCUGCCCAAGACCCUGACUGAGAUGUACAUCCACUUCCUGGUGGUUCAGGCCAAACUGAAGAAUGUCAAGUAUCAUGGAGGAGCUGAGACAGAUUCACACUGGAACCAAGAAAACAGGAAGAUGAUUGAGUCUCUGGCAAAACUGGCUUUUGAGCAGCUGCAGAAAGGCAACCUGAUCUUCUAUGAAUCAGACCUGACAGACUGUGGCAUCGAUAUCAGAGAAGCCUCAGUGUGCUCAGGAGUGUUCACACAGGUCUUUAGAGAGGAGAGCGGUCUGUACCAGGACAAGGUGUUCUGCUUCGUCCAUCUGAGCGUUCAGGAGUUUCUGGCUGCUCUUCAUGUCCAUCUGACAUUCAUCAAGUCUGGAGUCAAUCUGCUGGCAGAAGAACAAACAAAAUCCCAGAAGUCUGAAACUAAUCAAGAAUCUGCAGGGACAUGUCUCUACCAGAGUGCUGUGGACGAGGCCUUAAAGAGUCCAAAUGGACACCUGGACUUGUUCCUCCGCUUCCUCCUGGGUCUUUCACUGCAGACCAAUCAGACUCUCCUACGAGGUCUGCUGACACAGACAGGAAAUAGCUCACAGGCAAAUCAGGAAACGGUCAAGUACCUCAAGAAGAAGAUCAGAGAGAAUGUGUCUGCAGAGAGAAGCAUCAAUCUGUUCCACUGUCUGAAUGAACUGAAUGAUCGUUCUCUAGUGGAGUAUAUUCAACAGUACCUGAGAUCAGGAAGAGUCUCCAGGCAGAAACUGUCUCCUGCUGAAUGGUCAGCUUUAGCCUUCAUCUUACUGUCAUCAGAAAAAGAUCUGGACGUGUUUGACCUGAAGAAAUACUCUGCUUCAGAAGAGGCUCUUCUGGGGCUGCUGCCAGUGGUUAAAAACUCCAAGAAAGCCCUACUGAGUGGCUGCAACCUCUCAGAGGAAAGCUGUGAGGCUCUGUCCUCAGUUCUCAGUUCCCAGUCCUCUAAUCUGAGAGAUCUGGACCUGAGUAACAACGACCUGCAGGAUUCAGGAGUGAAGCAGCUGUCUGUUGGACUGAAGAGUCCAGACUGCAGACUGGAAACUCUCAGAGUGAAUAUAUGUAACAUCACAGACAGAAGCUGUGCAGCUCUGUCUUCAGUUCUCAGUUCCCAGUCCUCUAGUCUGAGAGAUCUGGACCUGAGUAACAACAACCUGCAGGAUUCAGGAGUGAAGCAGCUGUCUGUCGGAUUGAGGAGUCCAGACUGCAGACUGGAAACUCUCAGUUUGUCAGGAUGUCUGAUCACAGGGGAAGGCUGUGCUUCUCUGGCCUCAGCUCUGAGCUCCAACCCCUCCCAUCUGAGAGAGCUGGACCUGAGCUACAAUCAUCCAGGAGACUCAGGAGAGAAGAUCCUGUCUGCUGGACUGGAUGAUCCACACUGGAGACUGGACUCUCUCAGCCUGCAGCCUGCUGGAGUCCAGUGGUUGGCAUCAGGUCUGAGGAAGUACGCUUGUGAACUGGAACUGGAUCCAAACACAGCAAACAGAAAACUCAAACUGUCUGACAACAACAAGAAGAUGACACAUGUGAGGGAGAAGCAGCCAUAUCCUGAUCAUCCAGACAGAUUUGAUCGCUGUCCUCAGCUGCUGUGUAGAGAUGGUCUGACUGGUCGCUGUUACUGGGAGGUCGAGUGGACAGGAGAGGUUCAUGUAUCAGUGACUUACAGAGGAAUCAGCAGGAGAGGAAACAGGGCUGACUGUGUGUUUGGGAGGAAUGAUCAGUCCUGGAGUCUGAGGUGCUCUGCUGGUGGUUAUUUUGCCUGCCACAAUAACACAGAAACACAUAUACUCUCCUCCUCCUCCUCCUCCUCCUCCUCCUCCUCUGUCUCUCACAGAGUAGCAGUGUAUGUGGACUGUCCUGCUGGCACUCUGUCCUUCUUUAGAGUCUCCUCUGACACACUGAUCCACCUCCACACCUUCAACACCACAUUCACUCAGCCUCUGUAUGCUGGGUUUGGGUUUAGGUUCCGCAUCUUGUCUGUCAGUUAUGGUUCUUCAGUGUCUCUGUGCUCUCUGUUGGAGGAACAGUCUCCUUAA